AUGAAACUAUCUCUCCUUACCAUUGCUCUGUAUGCUCUUGGAGCUCGAGCAGACGUGACUGUCACUGUCACUGCUACUGUGACCGCGGACCCUGUCAUCUCUUCAACUCUAGCGGUCAACAUUGCCGAGUCCGACUCGCCCAAGGCCGGUCCAAUUGUUGCUCCUCUCAACAACGAACAGACCUUCUACACAACCGAACUUGAGCUCGGGAGUCCAGGCCAAAAGUUUAGACUGCUUCUUGAUACUGGCAGCAGUGACACCUGGGUUAUUUCCAAGGAGGACACUUAUGACUGUGGCUACGGCUCCUGCGACUACACUGGCCAGUUCACCAAGAACCAAAGCUCUUCCUACCAUGAAAUUGACGAGGACUUUGCCUUCUACUACCUUGGAGGAAAUGCAAAGGGUAAGUGGGCCAAGGACACUCUUUCCAUCAGCGGCAAGGCCAUCCCCAGCUUCCAGUUUGGACUGGCUGAUGACGCCUUUGGAGUGGAUCCUCUGACUGGAAUUGUGGGAGUGGGUCCCAAAAGCCUCGAAUUUACCAAAAACAAGUACCCCAACUUGCCUGAGGCGCUCAAGGAGGCUGGUCUAAUUAAGAAGGUUGCUUACUCGCUUUACCUGGACGACGACAAUGGACACAUCAUCUUUGGAGGAUAUGACAAGGCAAAAUAUGAGGGGGAUUUAGUUGAGCACAAGAUGACCAAUGAGAAGAGAAUCCAGGUGGAUUAUUCAGAUGUGAGAGUCUCCGGAACUCUGUGUUCUCCUGAUGAAGACACAGUUCAGCCUGCUCUGCUUGAUACAGGUAGCACUUUGUCUUAUCUCGAUGAUAAGACUCUCAACCGGGUUUUUAUGAAGCUUCCCGUGUUUGUUGGAGACUACCUUGAGGACCAGGGGGCUUAUCAGAUCUCAUGUAUGCCUCCUCAGUUCGAUGUCUCAUUCAAGUUUGGCGACCAGGACCUGCAUAUCAACGGUUCUGAUCUCAUCAUUCCUGUGUCUCGAAACUGGUCCGAACUUGACAAGGGCUGUUACUUUGGCAUCACUACCAGCAACAACUCCAACCACAGAACGAUUCUUGGAGGCACUUUCCUACGGUCUGUUUAUGCCGUUGUUGAUCUUGAGGACAAGACUGUUUCCAUGGCUCCUAUUAAGAAGACUGGCGAUAGUGACGUGAAGGAGCUGAGCUGA